AUGUUUUCUGUGCGAUGCGAUGUGCAUUCCAACUAUAUGGAAGGAAAGAUCAAGUUCAAAAAGAAAAAGUUUGGCGGAGCGCGAAGGCUGCGGCCAGCGGAGGACGAUGUUGAUGACGAUGAGGUGACAUCUUUUGUAAGUGUUAAGAGUGAUGUACGGAAAUCCAAGGUGAAUCGAUGGGCCAAAUACCUGACACUUGGAGAAAUGGCAGAAGACAUUAAUGAAGUUCAACAAGGUCAACUUCCGCAUAGUCAACCUCAGAAAAGUCAGCCUAACCAAACUCAACAAGCAUUUAAAAGCACACAAGAUGACGAAGGUGGAGUCUUUAUUCAUGAUAGUAAUCUGGAAGUUGUAUCUAAUUCAGUGCAAUUGGAACUCCCCGACGAAAAGACCUCGCAGGUCGAGGACGACCCAAUGGUGGUGGAUAUGGACACUGUGACGUCUGUGGAUUCUCUGGGAGCAUACGUGAAUGUGGUUAAUAAUACAUUCACCUUGAAAGAGUCCCAUUAUCGAGAUGCUUUACCUACUCUAACUCAAGAGUAUGAUGAUUUGGAUGAAGAUACCGUCAAGCCCAAAUUCGAUGACAAGGAAGACGAAGACAUGUAUGAUGUUGAAAUAUAUGGAGAGAAGCCACGGAAUUUCAACUCGGAUAUGUAUGCGUUUGAGGUGUUGUCGGAUGCUAGCGACGAGGCAGGAGUGAAGAUUUCGCCUGUGAAGGUUUCCAGCAUCGAUGAGCUAAUAGGGAGUAUUCAAGAAGAGGCGGAAAGAUUACGAAUUUCUAUUUCAACUUCAACUGGCGAAUUGGGCACGUUGAAGAUGCAAUUGGAGCAAGCUCAGACGAAAAGACAGGAGGUGGUAUCGCUGCUAUGA